AUGAUUGUAUUCUUGUCGUUGAUCAAGCUUGCUUUCAUCAAAUUCAUGCGGCAGAAACUCAACAGGGAAAAAUUUUCAGUUCCGCUUUCCAGGAACUGCAGGCGAAGACAAUCUUCGUUGCUUUUGAGCGUCGACAUGGCUGUGAAUGGCGCUGUUACUGAAUCAACUGGAGGAGUCACAUUGUCUCAGACAAUGCCUUUUGAAUUCGAAACGCCACCACAGCGUAGAAGGUUCGAAACGUGGCAGAGGAUGAGUCUCCUGUUACUGUUUGUUAACUCAUUAGCCCUUAAAAAGUGCAGUAGGAUGAGAGUAUAG